UAACUGACACGGUAAUAUAAAAUAUAUUUUAUUUAAAAUUAAAAAUAUGUGACUUAAAAUACCGUAACUUUCAUGGAAACCAUAAAAACGAUGUCAUCUAAGGAAGACUUGUUAUAAAGAUAACCAGCCUUCAAAUGAAUCAUAAUUCAGCCGCAUUUCUGAUGACAUAUGACCCCAGACGCAUUGAGGAACACACAGACAGUUCAGAUUUUGAAGAACUCGCUGCACCUGUAAAUUUCAAUGGAAUUUCAACGAUUGUAUGUAAAAAAAUUGCUAGAAAGCGACCUAAAAUGAAGAAAAAUUUUAAUCAUCAGGGAAAUAGUCAAAGUUAUAAUAAAGAAUAUACAGGUGACAACGAUGGCUAUAACUUGUGUAGACAGCAACAGUAUAAAAGUAAUAUUAAUAUCAGUGAAGUAAAAAUAAGGUGUAACAGAAAUAGUAUUCACAAUUUAUGUUAUGGGAACAUUUUGUUAAAUAAUAAAGGCGAUCAUUAUAAUUACAAAGAAGUAAAACAAAUUAAAUCAAAAUGUUCCUUGAUGCGGCAUAAAUUAAUACCAUGUUUCUCUAAUAUCUUCAGUCGUACUAAUAAUAGCCUUAAACAUAUGACUACCAUUGAGGAAAACCGCGUGAAAAACACAUGUAAAGAUACUGGUUGCCAAGCGUAUUGUGCCUUGUGCAAACAGAAACAAUUGAGGAAACAUUACAAACAAGAACAAAGUUAUUUAGUUCAACCAGUUUAUACCGUCGAGGGGUGUAUAGAACCUGAUGCAAAAAUUAUCUCUUAUUGGCCAAAACAAACGGGAAUACCGCAAGCUACCAUUAAGAUUACUAGAGAUAUAUGUUCUAAUACCAGUAAUAGCCUUACAUCACUAUUUGUAAAUAAUUAUGAUCAAAUGAUUCCUACAAAAGUGCAAACUUUUAGAACGGAACAUAAUGCAGUGGAGAAGGGAUCAAGACAGGUCAAAAAGUAUCGGAAUAAUGUUAAUGAGCAGCAAUGUUUAAGAAAACAAAGGUAUCAAAUAUUUUCAACACCUGAUGAAGUUCAAAGCAGGGCAAUAGGUAGUUCUACUCCAUAUAUUGUGAGCCCAACACAAAGCGUCGCAAUAUCAAAUUCAUCUGCAUUUUGGGAAUACGUUUUUGACAAAAUUAAUAAACGUUACAAUAUACAAAAUAUUGACAUAAAUAAAACGUCUUGUAGUAAUAACACUAGUUCACAAUAUUGUUCAAAAGACUGUAAUAAAGAAAUAGAUUCUAAAAAUGUACCUACAUUUUGUUCUGUAAAAUGUGAUAUAGGUAGUCCUGAUUCCUUAUUUACUUGUAGUAUUCCACCAGCAGAAAGCACUAUUAACACACGUCUUUUCAAAAAUGUACCCGUCGUUUCUUCAUUGUCCUCCUUGCAAGACAAAAAGGACACAAAACCACGACAUAUACAAUGUAAAUGUUUUCCGGAUAAAAAUAUGCCGAAAAUAGCAACAGAGACUACGUCGUCACCUAUACCAACGAACGAUAUAAACAGAUCAUGUUUAGAACCACAUGAUAAUAUUACUCAACAAUUAGCCCAGAACUAUAACGGUGAAAUCCUUUGUGUUCAUAAUCCACCAUGUGUUUUGAUUCAUGGUUGUCUUAAUUUGCCUCCGUCUAAGGUACCAACAAUGCCAGCCUGGUCUAUGACUCAGGAAAAAAGGUCUAGUUUCUUCCAGAUGUAUCACAGAUUUAAGAACCUAAAGAAAAAUAGUAAACAGUUGACCCAAUAUAAAACCCCAUUGAUUGAACAGCAGCAAUAUCGUAUAGAGGAAAACAUUAAGAAAGGAACACAAAGUGUAAGUAAUCAUGAUCCUCCGUGUGAGGUCGUAAGACGUUGUUACAAACCUAAAUAUGAUUCAAAACUCGAAAAUUCUUGUGUCCACGUUCCAAUGUGUCAAAAAGUACCUGAAUGUUUGUUAGGUAAUGAAGAGCUUAUAGUUACGUCGUGUCAGCACAGGCCUAAAUGUAUAGAGGUGCCAGUGUGUAGGAGAAACUAUCUUGUAUUGACUGCUAAGGACAAUGUAGGGACUCAGGUCAAACCAAAGAUGAAGAUGAUAUGUCGUCACGUGCCUCCAUGUAUCUUGAUACCAAAGUGUCUGGGGCGUCUUAUGAACGAGAGUUAUAUCCCAUAUGAUGCGAUUCCAGGCUGUGGUCAUCAGCCAAUGUGUGAACUAAUACCGGCAUGCUGCAGAAAACCAUCAAAAAUGGUCUCCGUUUACUCGCAGUAUCCGGCCCCUUGUCGUAUAGUCUAAGACACUGUUCCACAAACUUAAUGAGCAAGGAAUGACAAACUAUGACGAACCGGUGACAAAUGUCGCCAAAAUGCGUGAAGAGUACGCGGUUAUCAAGUGAUACCACUGGUACUCAUGCGUAACCAUUCAUGAGGACUAAUAUGACUUGUCUCCAUACCUUUUCAUUUCACUGUCAUAUCUCAUAUUGGUUACUUGGUUGCUAAACAAGGUGCUGCAACACAAAUUGUAGAGAUGAGGGUUGUGCUGUGCUUAAAAUGUCUAGUAUCCUGGUGUUAAACAUAUUAUUAGAAGGAAAACUUGUUUGCUUGUUCUUUACAGAAGAAGUAAUAGACAGAUUUUAAUGAAAUUUAGUAAACGGAUAGAUUAUAUACCGAAGUAAAACAUAAGUUUUUAUUGAUAAUAAUGGAAUGGUGCACCUGCCUGUGCUAGCAUA